UUAAAUUACUUGAGUAAACCCAAAGGUGCGAUAAGAUGCCACGUGAGACCGAAAAUGAGGGCAGUACAAAGCACAGAUUCCUCUGUAAGACAUAUUUUGUGACGGUCCUCAUGUUGCUGGUAGGCCAGGCUCAAGUGAUUCUUGCGAUGCAAUUCGAAGCUCUCAAGAAGUUUCUCAGGGACUAUUACUAUGUCAGCCUUAUGCAAUUUUUCAUAAGCUUCAUUUCGAUACAGCUAUACGUUUUUUUUUAUCACAUACUGGAGCAGAAGGCGCUUUGGGUACGAAUUGUGUGUGGCUUGUGGACGUUCGAGUCCAAUACCAUCUCAAUUAUGAAACCCGCUAAGAAGGCCCCAAACGAGUGCUUGGGGUUGUCUUGGAUUAUGACUUUCGUCAUCAUGGGCCUCAGUAUUUGCUAUGGAAAUCUGGCUGUGCCUCAUAAGCGUGGUCUAUUCCUAACCCGCCACAAUGUUAUACGCUGGAGCGAAAGGAUAUUUGUGCUGACGAGCUUCGGCAUUAUUGUCUGCUCCGAAAUGAAACGCGCCAGCAUUGAGUUUCCCACGCUUUUCAUCUACACGAUGGUGUCGAAUGUGUUUGUGGUGAUAUUUGCUGCGUCGAUGCGGAAGCCCGACUUCUAUCAUGACGAGUCGCCGGGCGAUUUCAUAUUGAUUGGACAGCUGUAUUAUUUGAACUUCUAUGCGUUAUACAUGGGCUAUGUGUGGACAAUGGCUGCCGGACUGGACUGGUAUCAGGACUUGAAAAGGCCGAAGGAGCCGGCGGUGACCGAGGAGGAAUAGCCGUACAGUGUU